UCAGGCAAUUGAAUAUUGCUAAUUUGAAAAUUGAAAUUCAUUAAUUAUUAUAAUAUAUAAAUAAAUACAAAAAUGGUAAUCAAAUUAUUGUGUAAAACCUCCAUGCUCUGUACCGCCGGCAGAGCUGUCUCUUCUCAUUCUAGUCGUUCAUUCUUCACCCUUCGAACUCCUAAACUACCCUUCAGAGCUCAAGGGAGAUUGAAGAAGGGUAGCUUUGGGAUUUACCUGACUACGCGGUGUUCAUCGAUGAGUUCGUCGGCAUCGUCGCCGGCGGCGUCGUUGCCGGAGAAACAGGCGGAACAAGUGGACAUGAUAUUGGCGGGGAGAAAUGAUGAUCAUGGAGGGGUGAUUGUUGAGAUGACGAGUGAACCCAUGGACCCUUCUCUCUUCGUUACUUUGCUUCGGGCCUCAAUUUCUCAAUGGAGACAGCAGGGUAAGAGAGGUGUUUGGAUCAAGUUGCCUAUUGAGCUUGCUAACCUUGUUGAACCUGCAGUAAAGGAAGGGUUCUAUUACCAUCAUGCUGAACCAAAUUACUUGAUGCUCGUGCAUUGGCUUCCUACAACUGCAAGCACUAUUCCGGCGAAUGCCACCCACAGAGUUGGUGUUGGUGCAUUUGUUAUGAAUGAAAAGAAUGAGGUACUGGUUGUCCAGGAAAGGAGUGGACAAUUCCGUGGAACUGGUGUAUGGAAGUUCCCUACAGGAGUUGUUGAUGAGGGUGAAGAUAUAUGUAAUGCAGCUGUCAGAGAAGUAAAAGAAGAGACCGGGAUAGACGCAAAAUUUGUGGAGAUACUAGCAUUCAGACAGAGUCACAAGUCGUUUUUUGAGAAGUCAGAUCUAUUCUUUGUGUGCAUGCUGCAACCACUAUCCUUCAACAUUAGAAUUCAGGAACAAGAGAUAGAGGCAGCCCAGUGGAUUCCAUAUGAAGAAUAUGCAUCUCAGCCAUUCAUCCAAAAACACGAGCUGUUCAAGUACAUUGCUAAUAUAUGCUCAGCAAAGAUACAGGGCAACUAUUCUGGGUUCUCGGCCAUCUCUUCAGUGACUAGCUUUUCUCAGAAGGAAAGUUACUUGUACUUGAACAAGAAGCCCCAUGCUGACUUUCCAUAGGAAGUUUUUAGUUCAGUCAUUUUUUGGUAACAAAAAAACAUAUGGAGGAAUGAUUUUAUUGGGGUUUUCUUAUCCCUAUUUUUUGAAGAAUGGUUUUUUUACUGAGUUAAUAUUUGAUGUACCAUCAGUGUAUAGCAAAUAAAUAAUAUAUAUUCUUUAGGGAAAAAUCAUUAUUUUGGUCCCUCAAUUGUUUUAGGUAGUUUAAGAAGAACAUACCUAUAAAGCUA